GUGUCACUGAUUGGUUAACUGAGAUAAAAAUCAAGCUGACUUAUUCCGAAUGGCCUCCCCUUACCCCUCGACCACCGUGGGUGCGCGCAGCGCCAAGCCGGGCCAGCAGCAGCAGUACACGCGCCAUCACACGUACUUUACGCACACUGGAUGAUCUGAGCAGAGACCAGCUGGGAAGAGAUGCUUACGCCGGCUCAGAAGGGAUGCUUCUGCGGGGUUAGGCAUCAGGCUGCAGCGUUACGGGUGUAAAAUGAUCCGGAGCGGACCGGGUGUGAUGGUCGGCCAAGCUGAGCUCGGCUGCUGCUCCGAUUCCUUUCUCCCAAUUCUGUUCUAGUAUUUUUUUAAAUUAUUUUUUUUAAUCGCAGCGUUAUUAUUUCCAGGUCAAAAUCUCAGUUUCCUGUGCGGCUUGUUUGCACUAAAAAUGGCCGGAGAUGGCGGCGCUCUGAAGGAUAUCAAUGAGAUUAAAUCCCAGUUCCGGACCAGGGAGGGCUUCUACAAACUGCUUACCCUCUCGGACUCGCAGCAGCGGGGUGGGCUCCCGCGGGGUCCGUCCGCCGGAGCCACGCUGGGCCCCGGAGCAGGACCCGGACCGAUACCCGGUGGAGGGGUCGGGCUGCUGCAGGGGCCCGGGGCUGCCGCCGCGGCUGCUGCCGCCGCAGCCUCUUCCUCCUCCAAUGCCGCAGCCAACUCCUCUCCAGCGGGCUUCCUGCCGCCGGUCCGGGUAUCCAUGGUGAAGCUGCAGCCCGAAGACCCGAGCGAGGAGUCGGAGCGGGUGUGUUUCAACAUCGGCAGGGAGCUAUAUUUCUACACGUACACCAACAUCAAGAAGGCCGUGGACCUCAGUAAGCCGAUCGACAAGAGGAUCUAUAAGGGGACCCAGCCAACAUGUCACGACUUCAACCAGUAUUCAGCCACUGCGGAGAGCGUAGCGCUCAUCGUGGGUUUCUCUGCUGGGCAGGUCCAGUAUCUUGACCCCAUCAAGAAGGAAACCAGUAAGCUCUUCAAUGAGGAGAGAUUAAUAGACAAAUCCAAGGUGACAUGCCUAAAGUGGCUUCCAAAGUCAGAGAACCUGUUCCUGGCCUCCCACGCCAGCGGCCACCUUUACCUCUACAACGUGGACCACCCGUGCGGUACCACAGCCCCUCAGUACUCUCUGCUGCGGCAGGGCGAAGGUUUUGCUGUCUAUGCCUGCAAAACCAAGACACCACGCAACCCGUUGCUGAGGUGGGCUGUAGGGGAGGGAGGCCUCAAUGAAUUUGCAUUCUCCCCAGAUGGCGUGCAUGUGGCGUGCGUGGGCCAGGACGGCUGCCUGCGCGUCUUCCACUUUGACUCGAUGGAGCUACAGGGGGUGAUGAAGAGCUAUUUCGGUGGGCUGCUGUGUGUGUCGUGGAGUCCCGAUGGGAAAUAUCUCGCCACUGGAGGAGAGGAUGAUCUGGUUACUGUCUGGUCAUUUUCUGAAAGCCGUGUGGUAGCCAGGGGGCAUGGCCACAAGUCUUGGGUCAACGUGGUGGCGUUUGAUCCCUUCACAACUUCUCUGGAAGAUGAAGAGCCCAUGGAGCUCAGUGGCAGCGAGGAAGACCUCCACCAGGGGGCACCAAAUAACUCUAUGCACUUUGGGCGGGUUCGAACAAGCAGCACGCUGUCGCGGCUUUCCCGCCACAGCUCUAAGGGUGGCGGCUCGCCAUCAGUCACUUACCGGUUUGGCUCAGUGGGGCAGGACACCCAGUUUUGUCUGUGGGACCUGACGGAUGAUGUGUUGUACCCACGCUUGCCGCUGUCCCGCGCCUUUACUAACACUUUUGGGCCUUCACUGCCCAACUCUAGUAGUGGGGGGGUCAACAGUACCUCAGGUGGGGGAGGGAGCGGAGGGGUAGAGGGACACCACCAUCCCCCUAACACCAACACCGGCACCUCCAACCCACCCACGCUCCCUUUACCACUCCCACGCUCCCUAUCCCGCUCCAACUCUCUGCCCCACCCUGCAGUGGCAAACACCUCCAAGGGCCAGGGUGCCUCUGAGGGUGGUGGGGGAGGUGGAGGAGGUGGAGGGACCAGUGGUGGAGGAAACAGCACUCCAUUCAGCAUCGGCCGUUUCGCCACACUGUCCCUCCAGGAGCGCAAGUCGGACAAGUCUGGCGGCAGUGGAGGGGUGGAGAAGGAGCACAAGCGAUACCACAGCCUGGGCAACAUCAGCAAAAGCAACGACAAAAUCAACGUGGCGCCGAGGUGCAACCGGCUGGACGGGGCCAAAGUCCUGGGCACCACGCUGUGCCCACGCAUGCAUGAGGUGCCGCUCCUGGAGCCGCUGGUCUGCAAGAAGAUUGCACACGAGAGGCUGACAGUCCUGGUGUUCAUGGACGACUGCAUCAUCACCGCCUGUCAGGAAGGUCUCAUCUGUACCUGGGCACGGCCGGGAAAAGCGAACUUGGCAGCUCAGAACGGGAACUCUCCGAGCGGCACGGUUGUAUAGCUGGAGGAGAAGCUUUGCACUCAUCCUUUCCCUUCUCUCACCUCCUCUCUCAUUCGUCGUCGCCUUCUCUGUCCGAGGCCGUCUCCGCCGUCUACUUUUGGAGAUGUUAUGUUUGGGGCCAACAACCAGAGUCUAUCCCCUGCCUGCCACUUCAGUAUUAAACAACCCCCCCCCUUCCGACUACCACCACCAGUACAUCUGUGCUCGCCAUGACUGAAAGGUGGGAAAUUGUUUCUGAAGCCUGAAAACACUGAAGUUCCUUCAGGAGAUUCGUAAAAUUGGUGAAAAAGCCACAAAUUGCUUAGUUCAUCCAUUGGUAAUCAUCAACACAUCUUCCAGGUCUGUUUUCUAAAAAUUAAUUCCGUUUCGUAGUUAGUCGUCCUCUUUUAAAGUCUAUUUUGAUCCACGAA